AUGGCGUUGUGUGAUCCGUUUCCCAAUCCACGGAACGUGUCUUUCGGACUCGCCACCAGAUCUGGAAAGCCAGCUACUACUCUAGGAGGCGUUGGGGUCUUGAACAUGGACUCCGUCGAUACUAUCGUCACCUCGAACGGUGGUGUGCUAUCAGAAAUGGCGUACGUGCGUCUUUAUGGAACGGCACCGGUCACUGCUUUAGAUUGUGCCUUCAUGAUAAUACGGGCCCGCAGAAAGUUGCAUUUGAGGUUCAGGACUUAUUGGCGACUGGCAAAGCCGUGUACGCCGUUGGAACAGGGUCUGGAAAGUCCAGCCAGAUCAAAAGGGUCCGCAUCUGCCUACGCCGACAAACAUUCUUCAUCUUCCUCUUUGGAUCGAGCGUGGCAAAUGGAAUCGGGCGUUUUUGAGAGCGAGGAGGGCGUGGCCAUGUCUCUUGUGUAG